CAAAUAGUAUAUAAAUAUCUGAAUAUCUUUGAGUUGUUUCAGUAAAAAUAGUUUGAAAUCAAUAGUGAUAUUUAAUACAUUAUUUCAAUUUAAAAAAAAUUAUCAAUUUAACUAAAACAUUGUUUAAAAAUGUUAAAUUUUUUAUUUAUAUGUUUACUAUUACUUGUAUUGAAUGAUAACAUGCAAUGUGCAACUGUUGGUGGGUUUGAAGCUCCCAGUACUGUAAAAGCCGGGGACAGUCUAUUAUUAAACUGUUCGGUAACUUUCACUCCUGAGGAAAGACCUAAUUCUGAGAUUAGUCUAACAAAAGAUGGACAAGAAUUUUAUAAAUUCAGUCGUAAAUCUAUGAAUGAGGAUUUCAAAACAAUUUCAGGCAUUGAAAGAUCACAAAUGGAUUCAGUAAUGAAUAUUCCGGGUUGGGUUCGGUUGAAUAAUGCUAACAAACACUUUCAGGGCAACUAUGCCUGUAUUGUCACCACUAAUGUUAACAACAACCCGUCCACACAAUCCAUAAAUAAAUACAUUUAUUUUGACUCUUCUUUGGGUGAUUUCAGACAAAAAAUAAAUAGUAGUCAACCUUUAAAUUCAUUGUCUUUGUUAUCAAUUAUUUUGCUAACAUGUUUGGCAACAAUUAUUUAAAUAAUUAUAUAAAAGUUAUUUUUAAAAAUCUAUAAACUAACUAUUCAAUCAUAUGCAAUCUAAAAUUUACUUAUAUUACUGUACAUUUGCAUUUUGAUAUAUAUUUUUA